AUUUUGCUUCUCUCCCUCGGCGUUGCUGCUGGCGAGGAGGGGGACGGAGGGAGCACCUUGCUGUCUCUCUUUCUCUUUCUGUGUGAAUGCUUCUCUUCCGAUCUGGCACAUAUCAGGGUCUGACGGGAUGACCGGCGCAUAGGCUGCUGCUCAGUGAGGAGAGGGUAAUGUUGAAGAAGGAGUGAAAAGUAAGACCUGGAGCGCUUGUGCAGACACUCACCCUGGUCUCUCUUCUGCCUCUGCAAAGUGCUGUUUCACCCUUGUUCCGUCGUUUGCCGUCUCUGCACCCUCGGGGAUCUUUGGAGAGCACCUGAUCUGAGGCGCCAAGCUUUCAUUCAGGACUGCACCACUGAGACGCAUCUUGGUUUGGUAGACACGCAGGUCUAGGAUGGAGCUCACUCUGUGUGCAGCUGGGCGGCAGAUCCUUUUCCCUCUGAUGCUGCUGCUCUCUUUAGGCUUGGGUGCAGCCUCCUCCAUUGUGAACAUGCGUAGGAUCACUCAUCCUACAGUACAACAAAUACUGGCAGGCGAAGCCAUCCUGCCUUGUGUCUUCACCCUCCAGACCAGCACCUCUGUGGGGCCUCCUCACCUCCUAUGGACUCGUACUAGAUUACCAGGAGGAGGACAAGAGGCUCCUUUGGAGCAGAUUGUGCUUUCUGCUAAAGGCGAUGUAAUCAAGGUGAAUAAGGCUUUCAGUGGCCGCAUCAUGCUGCCAGGAUACGCUGCCAAUCCUCUGAAUGCUACCAUGGAGAUCUCCAGUCUCCGUACCAACGACUCAGGCACUUACCACUGUCAGGUUGUCAUGGGUAACGACUAUGAGAGGGACACUGUUCCCCUGGUGGUCUCCGGUGUGGUGUUUCACUACCAGUCUCCGAGCGCUCGUUACGCCCUCUCAUUUAGCGACGCCCAGCGAGCCUGUCAGGAAAACUCGGCUCAGAUCGCCACUCCGGACCAGCUGUGGGCAGCGUACCAUGACGGCUUUGCCAGCUGUGCUGCUGGCUGGUUGGAUGAUCAGACUGUUCGAUAUUCUGUCCAGGUUCCAGAGCUGGGCUGCUAUGGACAUAAGGAGUACUCUGCUGGAGUGAGGAAUUAUGGGAAGAGGGACCCAAAAGAGCUGUUUGAUGUGUACUGUUUUGCAAAAGAACUGGAUGGUGAGGUGUUUCACUCCUCAGUCCCCGGCAGACUGUCUCUUUCUUCUGCCUCGGACCGCUGCGUGUCCCUUGGGGGCCAACUGGCCACUGUGGGGCAGCUGUAUUUGGCCUGGAGGGCCGGCCUGGACAGCUGUGCCCCAGGCUGGUUGUCUGAUGGCAGCAUCCGCUACCCAGUGACCUGGCCUCGUGCUGACUGUGGAGGGAGCGAGCCAGGAGUCCGCACGGUCACGCCCAAUGACACUGCUGACAACGCUACAGCACUAUAUGAUGCCUACUGCUACAGAGGUAAAGUGAAGAAUACAGGCUCCAUCUCUCAGAUCUACACCUCUCUGUGGAAGCCCUGGAGCUACCUCGCAGGCUCAAGCGAUGCUGACUCUACAGGGACAGCGAGUCCUGACGUGACUUCACAACAAACCACCACUAUCAGAGAGUCACUAGAUGACAUCAAGGUUUCACCUUCCAACUGGACAGGAUUGGUUGACCUACAGGAGGAGGACUCCUUUCACAGUGCUGAUGCCUCCUCAGACCCCUGGGCCUCGACAGCAUAUGUAACCCUCCAGUUAAUCCCAGGACAGAAGUCCUUUGACUGGGGAGAAUUGCUAGAGCCUGGGCCCGACUCUGAGGAGUUUCUCCGACCCCCUGUGCAUCCAACUCCCGCUGAGAAGAAGGUGAUCUCAAAGAUCGUCAAGUCAAUUUGGAAACCUUGGAACUACCUGGUGGGAACUGAAGAAGAGGAGGGAACCCAAGCACCAAGUGAGGAGUCGGGGGAAGAGAAGAUGGUGAUGAAAAAAGCAGACGAGGGGUCACAUGCAUCCAGUACAGAAUCAUCAGGUUUGUUUUCUUUGGGAACGUCAUGGAUCAGUAGUCCGUCAGGAGAGAGCACCACACCAGGCAGUGAAGAUUCAUCCACCCAUGUGGCGUCCAGUUUGGCUGCCUCCAGUAAUUCUGUGACUGCACAGAGCAACAAGAGCUGGGAGAACUCAGAGACACCCACAUCCACAACCUCCAGCCCUGCACCUGAAAUCACCUCCUCCAGCGGGGACACCUGGAUCCGUGUUGAUGCGGAGACCACAACCCAGUCUGGAGACAAGAGGGAGGAGACAGUGACUUCCAGAGCCAGUGGGAGAGGAGGACGAGGAAGAGGGAAGAAGUACAGAGGGGAGGACAGGAGCAGGGGAGAAGAGAAGGGGAGAGGAGAGGAGAAGGGGCGAGGAGAGGAGAGAGGGAAAGCUGAGGAGGAGGGGAGUGGAGAAAUCACUGGCGCAGAAGCAAAAGGGGAGAUACAAGUCUCACGUAGGCCAGUUGGAACAAGCAAACCAAGAGAAAGAUCCAGAGAGAGAUCUAGAGAGAGAGGUCACAGGAGAGGACAGUCCACCACUACUACUGCCACAACUACCACUGAAACUACAACUGACACUACCACAACUACAGCCACCACUGACAGUCCUCUUGAGCCAACAGUCAUGACCACAUUUGGCACAGAAAGUGACUUUCCUAUUUCCAAAUCAUCACCAAGUCUUCCAGAAGCAGAAAACUCAUCCCUGUCAGUCUCAGAGGCCCCAUAUCAGACACUGUCCUCAUCUUCAUCCACAUCCCCACUGACUGUGCCAUCCACAUCUUUCUCUGAGCCAUCCCAAUCUCAAUCACUUUUUGAGUCUCAUUUUCUUCCUUCAUCUCUCCCCUCUUCCUUCUCUCCAACUCCAACUCCAACUCCAACCCCAACCCCAGCCCCUUCCUCACCUCCAUCCCAUUCCCAAACUCCAUCUUUCUCACCCUCACCAUCAUCAGUUCCUUCUAAUUCUCCAUCAGCGACUCAGACUGUUGGUUUGGGAGGCCCGGCUACAUCCCCUCAUUCAGAAAAUCAGGAAAGCUCCACUGACACCCUAACAUCACUUCAAUUAGUCCCAGUGGAGAAGAUGGUUGUGAAUGGCUCUGUGGAUCAUCCGCCGUCACUGUCAGGACCCCCAGAUGAGGAAGAGCCUGCUUGGUCUCAUUCUGUGGGCUCAGGGGCCCUGUUACCUGUCAAUAUGGAGGAAGAAAGCAGCAGCACAGGAGGAGGAGGAGGAAUCAACAUCAGCACUACAACGCUCAGCCCAACAAUUGAGGUGGAGCCCUGCGUGACAAACCCGUGUCUGCACGGAGGGAAGUGUCUUCCUCAGGGAACGGGCUACAGCUGCUACUGCCCACAAGGGUACACUGGGGAGAACUGCGAGAUUGAUGUUGAUGACUGCCAGUCCGAGCCUUGUGAAAAUGGAGGCACUUGCAUCGACAAGAUUGAUUCCUUCCUCUGCCUUUGCCUGCCCAGCUACGGGGGAGACAUGUGUGAGAAAGAUGUUGAAGGUUGUGAGCACGGCUGGAGGAAGUUCCACGGCCACUGCUACAGGUACUUCACCCACAGACACACCUGGGAGGAUGCAGAGAAAGACUGCAGAGAGCACAGCGCCCACCUCAGUAGUAUUGUCUCAGCUGCUGAGCAGGAGUUCAUCAAUGGUCUUGGUCAUGACAACGCCUGGAUCGGUCUGAACGAUCGCACAGUGGAGGAGGACUUUCAGUGGACUGAUGCCAACGAUUUGGUUUAUGAGAACUGGAGGGAGAGCCAGCCCGAUAACUUCUUUGCAGGUGGCGAGGACUGUGUGGUGACCAUCGCCCAUGAGGACGGCAAGUGGAACGACGUGCCCUGCAACUACAACCUGCCCUACAUCUGCAAGAAAGGCACAGUGUUAUGCGGGACCCCACCUGCAGUAGAGAAUGCCCAUUUGAUAGGUCGGAGGAGAUCACAUUAUGAUAUCCAUUCAGUGGUGCGCUACCAGUGCGCUGAAGGCUUCUACCAGCGCCACAUCCCCACUGCACGCUGCCGGGCCGAUGGGAGCUGGGAGCGACCCAGGAUCAUCUGCACGAAGUCUCGGCGACUGCACCGAUACCGACGCCAUCACCGCAACCAGCACCACGAUCACCACGGCCACAGGAGACACGGAGGAGAGGGACGCAAGGCCAGAGAGGACGCACACAGCUACUACUGAACCAAAUAAUACAACAUCCACAAUGCCUAGGUGCUAACCAUGGCCCAUAAGGAAAGACAGUAGUUCAUAUCAUUUCCAUUUCCCUUCCUGCUUCUAACCGCAAACCAUGCUCUCUGCUUAGCUUUACUCCCCCGAUGAAUAAGAUUAUCUCCUUCUAACACAGAGUUAUCCCCAUAACCUGACCUCCAUGUGUUUUGAUGCUUCUUUUUAUUUUCUCUCUGCUUCCUUUAAACCGAGGUCCAUGUGAACACUGACUUUAGCACCAUCUUAACAUCCUCCUUCCCGAACAGUAAUUCCUCCACUUGUCUAAAAACUAUAACCUUCUCUCAGUUUGUCAGCCUGACAGCAGCGUGUGAGCGUAUGCAUGUAAGGCAGAAACUUUGAGGAGUGCUAACUCACUUUUUUGGAGAAGUUUGCUUGUUCUACAUGAAAAAAAACUCAUCUUAGUAUUCUGUUUACAAAGCACAGAUGUAAUUGAUGCAAGAUAGUCCUGAUAUCCCAGCUUUUUGUACGUGUACUGUAGCUGUUACUUUACCAUAGAGCACCUGAAUAGCUGGUCUCUUUAAUUCUAAUGACGUGCUUUUUUUUCCCCUCUAAUAUCUGUUUGUGUAAUGUUACUAUUUAUUAUGAAUCAUUUGCUAGUGAACAUGCUCUUUUUCUUAUCCUUUAGAAAACUGACAUAACACCAUUUUUCUAUACCAAUAUGUAAGUCCAACAAUCAAUAACAAAAUUAAUCAUUUGAUUGCCUCUAAUCUCUGUACUGUAAAUAUCGUGAUGUGUGUUAUUGGCUGAAUCCUGAUCAAUAGCUGGACCUUGUCCAAUCCAAUAGACUUCCCCUUCCCCAUAAACACUCUCAGCUAAUGUGUAGGUCCCAUUGACAUAGAUUGUGUAGGUGGGAUUACAGAAUACUUUGAGAUAACCACUUGAUUGUACCUAAUUUGCACGGCCAUAUUUACACGAUGGGUAGAAUGUCACUUUUUUUCAUCUUUUGUCUCUUUGAUAUUUGAUCUGUUAUCCACUUUUUUUGGUGUUAUGACUUUUUGUCCUGCUGUUGUACUCCAUUCUUAAUAAAGUGAACAAAAUGAACAAAA